UAGUAUCAUUUGUAGCAGCACAGUUACCAUUUAGAGUAGCGUUCAUUCUCUGCUUCCAUAAACGAUAACAAUGGAAGCUUUCUGUUUCUCAUUCACCACCUCACACUCACACUUUUCCUUACACUCCAAACACAACCCUUCCUCAUUCUCCUCCUCAACCGCCACACCUAUUUCCUUCUCCCUAAAACCGCCUCCUGACUCCAAUAACUCCGCAUCUCCCGCACCCUCCCCCGUCCCCUUCCGCCGCCCUUCCAAACCCCUCGAAAUUAAAACUAAAACAACUACUCCUCCUCCAAACCCUAAACCUGCUCCAAUCUUAAAUCCUCUCAAAAACCCCUUCCAUUCCUCCAAUUCACUCACUAAUAAGCUUUGGCUCACAAGCAAACUCUCUCCUCCUCCUCCUCCUCCACCUCCACCUCCGCCCUUGCCGCCUCCUAGUGAACUGGAACCAGAGGAUGAAAUUUCAGUUAAGGACGUUGAAGACGGCGAAGGUGAGAGUUCUGAUGACCGGACUGAGUUUCGACAACCAGGGAAAAUCUUCGUAGGGAACUUGCCAGGUUGGGUAAAAAAACACGAGGUUUCGGAAUUCUUCCGGCAAUUCGGACCGAUAAAGAACGUGAUUUUGAUUAGAGGUCACAAUGACACGGAGAGGAACGCAGGGUUUGGGUUUGUCAUUUACGAAGGUGAGACGGCGGAUAAUUCGGCGAUGAAGGCUGUGGAAUUCGACGGGGUUGAGUUCCACGGAAGAGUCUUGACAGUGAAACUUGAUGAUGGGAAGAGGUGGAAGGAGAAAACGGUCGAGAGGGAAAAGUGGUUGCGUGGGAAUGAUGAGAAGGAGUAUCGGUCCACGUGGCAUGAGGAGAGGGAUGGUUCCAGGAAGGAGUUUCAGAAGGUUCUGGAAACGGAGCCGGAGAAUUGGCAGGCGGUUGUUCGUUCUUUCGAGAGAAUUAAGAAGCCUGCCCGAAAAGAAUAUGGCUUGAUGAUUAAAUAUUAUGCACGGCGAGGGGACAUGCAUCAUGCACGUCAAACAUUUGAGAGCAUGCGAGCAAGAGGGAUUGAGCCAUCUUCACAUGUGUACAGUAGUCUGAUUCAUGCUUAUGUAGUUGGUAGAGACAUGGAAGAAGCAUUACAUUGUGUUAAAAAGAUGAAGGAAGAGGGCAUUGAAAUGAGUAUUGUGACCUACAGUAUAAUUGUGGGGGGAUAUGCUAAAGUGGGCAAUGCUGAUGCUGCAGAUAACUGGUUUAAGGAGGCUAAAGAGAGGCUUCCAUCUUUAAAUGCAGUCAUUUAUGGGAGCAUUAUUUAUGCACACUGUCAAACCUGCAAUAUGGGUCGUGCUGAAGCCUUGGUUAGGGAAAUGGAAGAACAAGGGAUAGAUGCUCCCAUUGACAUAUAUCAUACCAUGAUGGAUGGUUAUACAAUGAUUGGCAAUGAAGAGAAAUGCUUAAUUGUGUUUGAAAGGCUUAAGGAAUGUGGUUUCUCUCCCUCGGUUGUCAGCUAUGGUUGUCUUAUUAAUCUUUACACCAAGAUAGGAAAAGUUUCUAAAGCAUUGGAGAUUAGCAGAGUGAUGAAAACGGUUGGCAUAAAACAUAACUUGAAGACUUACUCUAUGUUGUUCAAUGGAUUUAUGAAAUUGAAAGAUUGGGCCAAUGCAUUCUCUAUAUUUGAAGACAUUACUAAAGAUGGUUUGAAGCCUGAUGUAAUACUUUACAAUAACAUUGUAAAAGCUUUUUGUGGAAUGGGUAAUAUGGAUCGUGCCAUUUGUAUUGUGAAGCAAAUGCAGAGGGAGAGGCAUAAAGCCACAACACGCACAUAUUUGCCUAUUAUUCAUGGUUUUGCUAGAGCUGGAGAGACAGGGAGAGCCUUGGAGAUUUUUGAUAAGAUGAGGAGGAGUGGCUGUAUUCCUACUGUGCACACAUAUAAUGCUCUUAUUCUUGGCCUUGUUGAGAAGCGUCAGAUGGAAAAGGCUGUACGAAUAUUGGAUGAAAUGAAUCUGGCUGGUGUUAGCCCAGACGAACACACAUAUACAACUCUUAUGCAAGGUUAUGCUUCACUGGGUGAUACUGGAAAGGCCUUUCAGUAUUUCACGAUAUUGAAGAAUAAUGGCCUGGAGAUUGAUGUAUAUACUUAUGAAGCAUUGUUGAAGGCAUGUUGCAAGUCAGGCAGAAUGCAGAGUGCCCUAGCUGUCACAAAAGAAAUGAGUGCAAGAAAGAUUCCAAGAAACACCUUUGUCUACAACAUUCUAAUUGAUGGUUGGGCUCGGAGAGGUGAUGUUUGGGAAGCUGCAGACUUGAUGCAACAAAUGAGAAAGGAAGGUGUUCAACCAGAUAUCCAUACCUACACUUCUUUUAUAAAUGCUUGUUGUAAAGCUGGGGAUAUGCAGAAUGCAACACAGAUCAUCGAAGAAAUGGAAGCUCGUGGUAUAAAACCAAACCUCAAAACCUACACCACUCUUAUACAUGGCUGGGCACGUGCUGCUUUUCCAGAGAAGGCUUUGAGGUGUUUUGAAGAGAUGAAAGUGGCUGGAUUGAAACCAGACAGAGCAGUGUACCAUUGUCUCAUGACAUCUUUGCUAUCAAGAGCCACCAUUGCUCAGUCAUACAUUUAUAGUGGCCUCUUGUCUAUAUGUAGAGAGAUGGUAGAAUCUGAGAUGACUGUUGACAUGGGAACUGCAGUCCACUGGUCGAGAUGUUUACGCAAAAUUGAAAGAACAGGAGGAGAAUUGACUGAAGCCCUGCAAAAGACCUUUCCUCCUGAUUGGAUCUCGCAUAAUAUUCUUGCGGUCAACUGUGAAAUAGAAUCUGCUGAUCCUGAAAUUGCUGCUGCUGAUGAUGAUAUUGUAUAUUAUUCCAGUGGAAGUGAUAACGAUGAGUGCACUCACGAUGAAGAUUAUGGUAAUGGUAUGUCAUACAGAUGAAGAUUUUCUAUUGUUAUAUUAAAUGGAAGUAGCAUAAUGCCAUAAUUUUUGGUAUUCUAUCUAUUUUUCUAAGAUAAAAAGUGGGCGAAAAUGAUGAUAUCCUUUGAUCUUCACUAUGUUAUGUUGUAACUUGUAAAGUCCUUUGCGUUGCAUGUAAUAACUUCAAAUCAAGAUGUGUUUUGGAAAAUUGAAAAUUUUAGCAAUAAACUUGUAAAUAUUAUCAUUUGUAAUUUUUAA